ACAGCUGUUUGUAUUUUGGCUCAUUAGACCUCUUCUCUUUACUGUGAGAGGUAGGUCAGACACGCAUGCUAACAUCCUCCAGGACACAUUGAGCAACUUAAACAUUCAGCUGAAGUCGUGUUUGUGUUCACCUGAAAAAUGCAUCCCCAUCCGCCUGGGCAGAUGUCCCUCUCAUUUGGGCCUGACUGGAAAGGAAGUGGGGACAUCUGGGGAGAAGGAGGACAGGAUCCAUGGAGGAAAAAAAACAAGAGGAGGAGGAGAGCGACUUUCCUGGAACACUGGUGCGGGGUUUAUACAGCUUCCCUGUGCAAGACUUUCACUUUCAUCUGCUGAAGUCUGAGUUUUACACGUGUACAGGAUGAUUGUGUGACAUCACAACUAGUCUGGAAGUCAGUCUGGGUCCAGUACGCGACCUGAACCUCUGCUAUGUGGAAACUUGAGGGCCUCCAGCGCGCAUACAUCGAGGAUGGACUUUACUUUGAAGUAGGAGACGUCUUUUGUCCAGCAGUUAAAGACGCUGAUCUGAGGCCAGCUGCUCAAAGGCAAACGUGGACCAAGACAACAGUCAAAUGGGGCCGAAGACCCUCAACCCAGCUGAGAGAUGUGGACCCCUGGUAGCUAAGGUGUUAGCAAGCAGGAGCUCGCUAGCAGGAAACAUGGAGGGAUGUUGCCAACUGGUUGGAGUGUUUCUGGCUACCUGACAAAUGUUGUUAACCAGAAUGCCCUCUGAGGACCGACACCUGUCCUCAAGCUGUGGUUCUUACGUCAAAACCGAGCCUUCCAGUCCUUCUUCUUCACUAGUAGACACCGGCAGUCACCACAGUCCCAGCGGCAACUCCGACGCCAGCGGCGGCUACAUCAACGGCAGCGGCAGACACUCACACGCCCUCGACUCUCCACCAAUGUUCAACCCAGGCAUGCUCGGAGGUGGCGCCGCCUGCCUAAGACGCUAUGAGGAGUGCUCCGGCGGCGUGGUAGACGAUUCGCCAAUCAAGUGCGAGUACAUGCUCAACGCCAUUCCCAAGAGGCUGUGCCUGGUGUGUGGCGACAUCGCCUCAGGGUACCACUACGGGGUGGCCUCCUGUGAGGCCUGCAAAGCCUUUUUCAAAAGGACGAUACAAGGGAACAUUGAAUACAGCUGUCCAGCCACCAACGAAUGUGAGAUCACCAAGAGGAGACGCAAGUCGUGCCAGGCCUGCCGCUUCAUGAAAUGUCUUAAAGUUGGCAUGUUGAAAGAAGGUGUGCGUCUGGACCGGGUGAGAGGGGGGAGACAGAAGUACAAACGGAGGUUGGACGCAGAGAACAGCGCCUACCUCGGCCUCACCAUCCCCCCUCCUGCCAAGAAGCCAUUGACGAAGAUCGUUUCCCAUCUGUUGGUGGUGGAGCCAGAGAAGAUCUAUGCCAUGCCUGACCCCACCAUGCCCGACGGAGACAUCAAGGCCCUGACCACGCUGUGCGACUUGGCCGACCGCGAACUCGUUGUCAUCAUCGGCUGGGCAAAACAUAUCCCAGGUUUUUCCACUCUCUCGCUGGCAGACCAGAUGAGUUUACUGCAGAGUGCCUGGAUGGAGAUACUGGUGCUGAGCAUCGUGUUUCGCUCGCUGCCCUGCGAGGACGAGAUUGUGUACGCAGAGGACUACGUGGUGGAUGAGGAGCAGGCGAGGAUCUCGGGCCUGCUGGACCUGCACGUCGCCAUCCUGCCGCUGGUGCGGCGCUACAAGAAGCUGCGCAUGGAGAAGGAGGAGUUUGUUUCGCUCAAAGCCAUCGCCCUCGCCAACUCAGACUCCAUGCACAUAGAGAAUAUCGAGGCGGUCCAAAGGCUCCAGGAUUCUCUCCAUGAGGCCCUGCAGGACUUUGAGGGCUCCCAGCAUCCGGAGGACCCUCGGCGGGCUGGCAAGCUGCUAAUGACCCUGCCUCUGCUCCGUCAGACCGCCACCAAGGCCGUGCAGCACUUCUACAGCAUCAAAAUGCAGGGCAAAGUCCCCAUGCACAAACUAUUCCUCGAGAUGCUGGAAGCCAAGGCUUGACACCCGGGCCAGACGUUUGACGGACAGCUGCAUCACCCAAUGGGAGGCGAGGGACAGCCCAUUAAAAAAAUAAUAAAAGGUGGUGUGCCAACUGACGGUGAAAGGAUAAAGCUUGUGGACUACUGAGUCAUUUUAACACUUUUAAAUGGUAAUAAAUGUAAAAGAAAAAGGGACUUGAGACGGUUUUAAAAAGGGUGAAUAUCAACCUGAUUGACAUGGGAUCAUGAUGAUGUAUAUAAAGAUGUUGUGUACAGAGAUCAGGCAACUGCGGUCUUAUCAUAACCAGAGACCCAUUGCUCUAUAUCACCUGAAGCUUCUGUGAAUUUGUUUCUUAUCUUAUUUUCAUCUCAAAAAUGGAAGUGUGUUAAUAUAAAUGUCCUAAAGAACUGUA